CAGACACCCACGCUUCACACACCGUCGCAGAGUCUCUCUUCUCCUCGUCCCACCACCGACACCUCAGGGUAGCUUGAAGUCAGCAGACCACCCAAGGGCUGAGGAGAGUGCGCACUGGGAGGCCUUGGUGGGUGAAUGCACUGAAGGAUGGCUGUGUUUUGGAAAGCAAUGGCAGGUGGACUGCUGCUCACUUUGGGCCUCACUCUGCCAGGAUGGGGAGUUGAGGGGCAGGGGAACGGACGGGGUAAGAAAGAAGUACCAGGCGGGGCGACUGUCUACCUUGGCCAGGACAGAGACAUCUGGAGGCCAAUGAUCCACACAACAGUAAACCUCACUGUGAUCAGCAGUAUCAAGUCAUCCUUUCAGUUACGGACGUUUGAUCCAGAAGGUGUCGUUUUCUAUGGAGACACCAAAAACGGGGAGGACUGGUUUAUUUUGUCCCUGAAGGAUGGCCUCCCUCUGAUGCAGAUCAGCAGAGGGGACAUCCUCGUCAGUGUGGAAGGUGGCCCCAAGAUCAAUGACGGAAAAUGGCACAUACUGGAGGUGAGCAACCACGACAAGUUUGUGGUUCUGGAGGUGGACGGUGCCAAUAGGCUGGUGGUGGGCAUGCAGUCCAAACAGACAGAGGAAGUCCUCUCAGGUGAACUCCGGCUGGCUGUUGGCGGGAUCCUGAUCAACAAGGAAAAGAUGAUUGUUCAGUUCGAGCCACACAUGGAUGGCUGUGUGCGGGAAGGCAGCUGGCUAAACCUCAGCGUCCCCUGGGAGGCAGAGGCGGAGGAGCUCUGGCCUUGCUAUCAAAAUGUCCAACCUGGCAGCUUCUUCCCUGGCACUGGAUUCGCCAUUUUUAACACCUCAGUUUUCCCCUUUGAGGCAGAUCAUGGGGUCAAGAUUGAAUUGUGGGGAGAUUUCAGUAAGAUGGAUGGGACCAUUUUGAGCAUCAAGGCUCCUGGGCAGGAGCUGAUGUUCUCUUUAGUGGCCAAUAAUAACACAAAGGAGGUCAUGGUCACUUUUGGUGAAGAAAAAAUAAGUAUGAAAGAUACUUUCAAGAGACUGGUGAUAACCUUUGAGACAGAUUUGCUGCAAGUGCUUCAAGAUGAAGAUGAAUCAAAGACUACUACGUUACCUAUCAGCCCAGUGAGCCACCCCGGUUACUUGACCACAUGGAGAGAGGGUCAUCUCGCUGUUGGAGGUCUCCUAGGUGAGGAUGAGGAAGACGGCUCACAGUUCUUGACAGGGUGUCUGGAGAAGAUCCAGGUCCAGGGGAGGGAUUUGGACCUGGAUUUAGCCAUCAAACACAUGUCCAUCUCCUCUCACAGCUGUCCUGCAUAGACCAUGAAAGUACGGAUGUUCAACAUGUGGACUCAUGUGGAUUGCUUGUGGUGGAUGUGUUUGGGUCCAAAUUACGUAAAAAAAAAAAAAAAGCAAUGUGGGUGAAGGGCAAAAUUGUCCGCAAAAUGAAAGAGACACAGUGGCCUCUACGAAGCAUAAUGAUAUACUAAACUCUUUUAUUAGGCCACUAAUAGUCGAAUGUGGUAUUUGUACCAAUUAACCUGUAAUAUGUGGAGAAUUCCCAAUAAAUUUUAAUAUAUUGUUCUAUAGAUAA